GUUGGCAAUCGUUUACACCCGACUCCUGCUUCGAAGUUCUCGUUAGUUCGCGUUAGUUUAUCAGUUAUUGUUUGAACUGUGUUUGUGAAUAAACAUUAAAUGUAAUGAAAUGGUUCCCACGAGAUCUACGAGAAGUAGCUCGAGGAGGUCUUCUAUACUUAAGACUCCUAAGCGUCGUCAACCUCUGACAAAGUUAAAUUUCGAUAAUUCAUCCAAUGAAAGUAGUCCUGCGACAACAAAGAUUAAACGACGCGUCAGUUUUGCAGAGAAGAAACAUGUAAAAGAAUUUUGUAAUUCCGUCGACCAAGGAACUGUAUGGGACAAUACGUAUGAGGAGCACGAUUUAAGUAGCAUUUCUAAAGUUCCAUGCGGUUCCAAUGAACAACAAUUUGAGGAUAAAGAUGUGUCCAAAGAAAGUGUUUCAAUCCAUAGAGAAACGAGUAAUGUGCAAUUUUCUUGCAAUGAUUCAGUCAACGAAGGUGUUAAUGUAGAACAGAUUAAUGUACAUGUUGAAGAUGUAGUUGAAGAUAUAAGAUAUCAAAGCGCAAUAAUAGGAGCGGCAUUGUCAGAUCAGUUUCAUGAUGCUCAAGAGAAUGAAAAUGUAUGCUCAAUUGAUUUGCAGCUUAAAAGUAAUAGUCGUAUAUCUGGAAGCAUUAGCGUAUAUCAAGAUGAGACUGCAGAAAUGUUAGGCGAAGUAGUAGAAUUAUCUCGGUCACGUGUACAUAAUUUGGUUUGUAAUGAAAUAAGCAGUAAAUCUGUUCAGAGUAAAUGCAUGGAAUUUACUCAAGGCACUUGUAAUACUGAAUAUCUUGAAUUAAAUUGUAUUCAAAAUAAUAGAACAGAAGAUAUAGUUAAAGAUAAAUCAAUAAAUGUGCAACAGUUUGAUGCAGCAAAGGCAGAUGUACGUUGCAAUUUGCAGUCAUAUUAUAAUGAAACGAAUCGUUGCUCUACAAAUUUAUUUCUAGAGGAUAAAGAAAAUAGGAACAUUCUUCCUGAUGAUUCAAUGGAAUUCACUGAAGUUGCUCAGAAAUUUCAUAGGUCAACAGUAAUACAGAAAACCCCAAUGAAUAAAUACAAUAAUUUGACUCAGGAUGAAAUAACGAAAGUAUUAAAUAUGUCUAUGGAAAUGACUGAGGCAGUCCCAAUAAACGUACAUUCUAUGAUCAGCGUCCAAGAUAGAAAUGAAACAAGCUUUAGUAAUAACUUUAAGAAAUUGAAAUAUGACCCAGAAAUGUAUGAUACCGUUAAAUUUGAUGAAACAAGAUAUUGUGAUGAUGAACUAAUGGAAUUUACCACAGUUGUAACAACAUCACCAAAAUCUACAGAAGAAAUUAAUUUAGAACUACCUAAACGAAGUACUCAACAUUUAUGCUCUUCUAUUUCAAUAAGAAACGAGACUGAUAUUUUUCCGGAGAGCUGUAUGACAAUGACGAAGGUGGUUUCAUCACUUGGUACAAACAAUGAUUGCGAAAAUGUCGAUUCAGUCAUGAUUAAACCAGCAUCAGAAAAAACUGUAGUAUUUCCAAACGCGUCGAUGGAGAUUACUGAAGCAGUUAUGAGAGCACGAAAUUUUACUCCGACGGAGGAUCUGAUCAAAUAUGCAAACUUUGUUAAUGGAGAUGCAAGCAAAUCUCUUCCGCAAGUAGACCUACAGAAAUCUAUGGAAUUUACAGAAGCUGUGAGCAGAGUUCAACCACACGUUGAAUCGGAACUUCUAUUGAAAUCGAUGGAAAUUACAGAAGCUGUACCAAGACCUCGAACUAUUGUUCGAGAAGAAGAUCCACAGAAAUCUAUGGAAUUCACAGAAGCUGUGAGCAGAGUUCAACCACAUGUUCAAUCGGAACUCCUAUUGAAAUCGAUGGAAAUUACAGAAGCUGUACCAAGACCUCAAACUCUUAUUCGAGAAGAAGAUCUACAGAAAUCUAUGGAAUUUACAGAAGCUGUGAGCAGAGUUCCACCACAUGUUGAAUCGGAACUUCUAUUGAAAUCGAUGGAAAUUACAGAAGCUGUACCGAGACCUCAAACUCUUAUUCGAGACGAAGAUAUACAGAAAUCUAUAGAAUUUACAGAAACUGUGAGCAGAGUUCAACCACAUGUUCAAUCGGAACUCCUAUUGAAAUCGAUGGAAAUUACAGAAGCUGUACCGAGACCUCAAACUCUUAUUCGAGACGAAGAUAUACAGAAAUCUAUAGAAUUUACAGAAACUGUGAGCAGAGUUCAACCACAUGUUCAAUCGGAACUCCUAUUGAAAUCGAUGGAAAUUACAGAAGCUGUACCGAGACCUCAAACUCUUAUUCGAGACGAAGAUAUACAGAAAUCUAUAGAAUUUACAGAAACUGUGAGCAGAGUUCAACCACAUGUUCAAUCGGAACUCCUAUUGAAAUCGAUGGAAAUUACAGAAGCUGUACCGAGACCUCAAACUCUUAUUCGAGACGAAGAUAUACAGAAAUCUAUAGAAUUUACAGAAACUGUGAGCAGAGUUCAACCACAUGUUCAAUCGGAACUCCUAUUGAAAUCGAUGGAAAUUACAGAAGCUGUACCGAGACCUCAAACUCUUAUUCGAGACGAAGAUAUACAGAAAUCUAUAGAAUUUACAGAAACUGUGAGCAGAGUUCAACCACAUGUUCAAUCGGAACUCCUAUUGAAAUCGAUGGAAAUUACAGAAGCUGUACCAAGACCUCGAACUCUUAUUCGAGAAGAAGAUUCACAGAAAUCUAUGGAAUUUACAGAAGCUGUGAGCAGAGUUCCACCACAUGUUGAAUCGGAACUUCUAUUGAAAUCGAUGGAAAUUACAGAAGCUGUACCGAGACCUCAAACUCUUAUUCGAGACGAAGAUAUACAGAAAUCUAUAGAAUUUACAGAAACUGUGAGCAGAGUUCAACCACAUGUUGAACCGGAACUUUUAUUGAAAUCGAUGGAAAUUACAGAAGCUGUACCAAGACCUCGAACUCUUAUUCGAGAAGAAGAUUCACAGAAAUCUAUGGAAUUUACAGAAGCUGUGAGCAGAGUACAACCGUACGUUGAGUCGGAAACUCGAUUGAAAUCAAUGGAAAUCAUAGAAACUCCGUUUAGUGCGGAAACUCGUGUUCAAAAAGAAGAUUUACAAAAAUCUGUGGAGAUCGUUGAGUCUGUAAUCCAAGAACGGAGUCCAAUUCGCACAAAAGAUGCUGAUGUAAAUUUAACUAAAACUGAAAGGCCAUUAGAAAAGAUUGCAAAUAGAGGUCUUACAAGUUUGUCAAAUUUCGAAAAAAAUGAUGCUACAAAUUUUGAUACAAUUUCAAAUAAACAAAAUUGCAAUAUGUAUAAAAAUUUAGAAAACGAUGACGCAGAGGGAUCUGUUUCAAUCGAAAUUCAGACUUUCGCAAAUAAUAAAUCUAGCAUGGCCUUGCAUGAGUCAAUGCAGCUAGAGAAUUGUGCUUCAGCUGUAAAAACAAGUAAUGCAGAAGUAGCUUGUGCAGCACUUAAUUCUGCGUCUUCUGUAAAUUCGGAGAUUAAGAUACCUGCGCUUACCCUAACUAAGUCAUCACAUCGAAGGACAUACGUAAUUCAACCAUCAAUUAACGAUUGUACUUUUACAGUUAAUAGGAAUCGGAAUAGUAGACAUUGCGAAAUUGACAUUGAUAUAAAUAAUAAAGAAGCAAGUAGUUCUCAAGAUGAUGUACAAAAUUCGCAAAAUGAUGAAGACUUCGAUGUAGAAAACAGUAAAGUAUUAAUGCCCAGUGGUUUGGAAGACAUAGAAUCUAUCAAACCACCUUCGUUUUCAUGUUUGAAUGAUUUGUCAAAUACACCGAUGAAUAUUAAUGAGGAUCAAGAAUUUAUGGAAGAAGUAAUAUCUUUAUCGAAAGAUAACGAUAAUGACCAUGAACAUGCUUCGAAAUUCGAGCAUCCUGAAGCGAAUGUAUUAAGAAACGUGCCUAAAUCGCAAACAUUUUUAACAAAAAAUUCGUCUGCUGGUAAUACUUUAGGUAAUUUGAAGAUUGAACAAGAAGAUCGAAUAGCGGGAACCGAUGUAAUUCCGAAACCUCAAUUAUUAGAUAAUGGAGAUAUCAAUAUGGACAUUCAAGUUUUGGAAUGUUCGUCUUCAACGAUAAACGGCGAUGAGAACUCUCCUCCUCUGAAUAAAGAACAAAAUCUGCGACCCACCUGUACAUUAAAUUCUAAAUUAGAAAAUCAAAUCGAAGUGCGCUCUUCGCCAAAAAUCGAACCUGCGCACGAACGUGAAUUGAAAGAAAGUAACGAUGAGCCAAACGAAGCAGAUGCUGAACAUUAUACACUUUCCGUGGAAGAGAAUGUUAUACGCAAGUUGAAAGUUUGCGCGAAGAGCGACGAUAUUAUUUGGGAAGUGUUCUAUGAGGAUCUCGAUAAGAAAAAGUUGUUCGUGAUCGGUUUUAUAUCAUGCUCAUUAUUAGUAGUAGUAUAUCUGCAAGAACGUUGUAAUUUUCGGUCUAUUAAAGAGAUUAAGUUAAUAUCUCGUUUACCAGAGGAUGCGGACGUAUUAAUAAGUAUGGUUCAUCGGCUAAUGAUAGAAAAGAUAGACACCACGCAGCUGUUAUCUCGUUUUAGUGUUUACGAUGAUAUUUUACCAUUAUUGGAUUACAUUUCAAAAGAAGUAAAAAUAGUUAUGGAUUUCAUGUUCGAUUUGGAACGAUUGAAAAAUCUAAAUUUAAUGGAAUUCACACGCGAUAGCGUUUCCUUCAUAUCACAAUCGGACAGGAAAAAUAUUAUAUUAAAGGUUACAGUAAACAUUAAACCGUUUGAGAAAAUUGGACCUGAAGAUGUUUCGGUUCACUCUCUCUUCGGUUCUUUGAGAGACGAUAAUGCCCUUAAAAAGUUGAUAACGAACGUGAAAAGGGACCAUAAGUUCUUGAGGAGAUUCAUACAGGACGUGAAGUCUUACAUAUCCAUAGAAGAGGAUUUUCUUAACCAAAUAUAAAAAAAGACAGACGUCGCAGGAAUGAAAUGCAAUACUUACGAUUAAAUAUCUGUAUAAUGGAAUUCUUAUAAUUGUAAAUGAUGUCGUGGUAAUUUUAUAUGUUUUAUAAAAAAGAUGUAAAAUGUUUUAUAUUUUUUUAGCAGAGGUAUGAGCAAUAAAAUUGCUUUUAAAAUUAUCCAGGGCGAUUAAAAUCCUUUUUAAACGAGCGUACAUGUCGUUGCAGUUUCUUCUUGUACUCGUACGGAAAAGUGUAGGAACGUAAACGUUACAAGUACAGGUCGAUCAACUAGUUCUCCGAUGCAGCCGGUUUAGCCGAUUCAGCUUUUUGUGCAAGCAUUUGCGAUCCUUUCGAUAGUAGGUAUCGUGUGAACAGCAGCCUUUCGCAGAAACGUAUGACUUUCCGCGACUUGUUCUCAGGAAGUAACCGCCGUAGAUAAAUACGGUAAUAAUAUUUUAUCUAUUUGUCAUCUAACUAGUAUAUAAUACAAACAUCUGUAUAGGAGAUGUAAAAGAACAUUUAAUGCGUUCGGAAGCCUCCCACCGAUCAAUGAUUACUCUUACUGUUUUUUCUGUUUAAGUGUUUCCGAAUAAUUUUGAUAAGCGUAAAAGUAAAUUACGCUGUUCAGUAAUACUGUUCAGUCCUACUUUCAACUUAAUGCGUUAUAAACACACGGCUCGUUAAAGAAGUCAAACUUUCUUUCACCGUGGCAACGCCAGUCCUACUUGCGUGGGCGUGAAGGCCCGGUUUUACGUGAUUUCGUAACGUCCACACCGAUUUCCAGUAUCAAAGAGCAUUUUAUGAAGAUCCUGCAGACCUUCGGAGUCCCAUCACCUCUCCCCCCUCUUAUACACGAGACGAAACCCGAUGACAUACACGCACCAUUUGUGGAAUUACUGGUAGAGCAGUAUACUAAUCGAAAACAAAUGUUUAAAUAAAAAGAGGCCAAGUUUUUACGUA